AUGUUUUACGACUCUGUUGAAUUUGUCUCUCAAAACUUUAAUUCUUCCUACUUUUCCUUGUUUCAUCUAAACAUAUCUUCCUUAUCUAAACAUUUUAAUGAUUUAACCUAUCUCCUCUCUGACCUUAAUUUUAAUUUCAGUGCUAUUGGUAUAACAGAAACGGGUCUUCAAAGUAAAUCUCCUUCUCUGAACUGUAAUCUAAAUGGAUAUACCUUUAUACAUACUCCUUCAGAAAGCAUUAAAGGUGGCGCUUUGUUAUACAUUUCUGAUAAGCUCUCCUGUUCUAGUCGCCCUGACCUUGAUCAACUAUGUUAUAUAAGUCACCAACUUGAAUCAGUAUUUGUUGAAGUUAUUCAUCCUAAAGGUAAAAAUUAUAUCAUAGGUUGCAUCUACAAACAUCCUCAUAUGGACCUACAUGACUUUAAUAUGAACCAUCUUACUCCUAUAUUAAGCAAAACCACCUCUGAGAACAAAAACAUUUUUUUAAUGGGAGACUUUAAUGCAAAUCUAUUACUCUCUGAUUCCAACCCUGAUAUUUCUGAUUUUUUAGACUCUAUAUUUUCGUUUUCUUUAGCUCCUUCUAUACUUCUUCCAACAAGAAUUACAGAAAAUACUAGUACUUUAAUUGACAAUAUUUUUCAUGACCCUUUUGAACUAAACUGCAAGUCUGGUAACAUCAUAUCGUCAAUAUCUGACCAUUUCCCACAGUUUCUUAUAAUAAACAAACAACACGUCUUGCCGCCUCCUCCCACAAAAAGAUCUCCUAUUCCAGACUGGAAUAAAUUUAACCAAGAAUUAUUUUCUCAAAAAAUAUCUGCCAUUGACUGGAAUGAACUUCUUUGCUUAAAUGAACUUGACCCAUCUAAAUCUUUUGAUAUUUUUCAUACCUUUGUCAAUAACUAUAUAAAUGAAUGUGUUCCUCUCAAAAAAUCUUUUACUAGAAAUAACACAAACUCUCAUAAAGAAUGGAUCACUACUGGCAUACUCACCUCUAUACGCAAACGUGACGCUUUACAUAAACAAUUCAUUAAAGAAAAAGAUCCAUUCAUAAAAUCUCUACUGCACACAUCCUUUAAAAAAUACAGAAACAAACUUGUCACUCUAUGUAGAAUAAGUAAAAGUAACUUCUACAAACAAUUUUUCAUCAAAAAUAAAAAUAAUUCAAAAGCUAUCUGGGAUGGUGUUCGUUCCAUCAUUUCACUCCGGUCUGCCAAAUCUCCUACUCCUUCUUGUUUAAACAUUAACAAUAAUCUCACUACAGACCCAUUAACCAUAUCUAAUUCAUUCAACAGUUGCUUCAGCUCAAUUGCAGAUAAUUUAAGGAAAUCGAUUCCACCAAGCUUUAAACACUUUUCUUCGUAUCUAAAAAACCCAACAGCUAAUUCAAUAUUUUUUCGCCCAACUAAUGAUUUAGAAGUCCUUGAUUUUCCAAUUGCUAAAUUAAUCAAUCUUUCCUUUUCAACUGGUAUUUAUCCAUCUUCUCUUAAAAUUGCAAAAGUUAUCCCUGUUUACAAAAAAGGCUCAAAUGUCGAACUUUGCAACUAUCGGCCCAUAUCUUUACUUUCAAACAUUGACAAAAUUUUCGAAAAGCUUAUUUUCAAUCGUUUAUAUAAUUUUUUUUCUAUGAACAAUACUAUCUUUCCAGAUCAGUUUGGCUUCAGGAAAAAAUUUUCUACCUCACACGCCUUACUAAACAUUACUCAAAAGAUUAUGGAAGCUAUUGACAAUGGUCUUCUUGUUUGUGGUGUCUUCAUUGACCUACAAAAAGCUUUCGACACUGUUGACCAUGAAAUUUUAAUUAAAAAACUUUAUCACUAUGGUAUUCGUGGGGUUCCUUUAUCUUUGCUGCGCUCUUUCCUAACCAACAGAGAACAAUUUGUGUUUAUCAAUAAUUCGUCAUCUUCACAUAAACCUAUUCGUCAUGGUGUUCCUCAGGGCUCUGUUCUUGGUCCACUUUUAUUUCUACUCUAUAUUAAUGAUCUUCAUACUGCAAUUAAACAUUCCAUGGUCCACCUCUUUGCAGAUGAUACCAACCUGCUAAAUAUUAGUAAUGAUACUGUCAAAUACCUUGGUAUAACUCUUGACUCAAACCUCUCCUGGAAGUCUCAAAUUAACAUCACCAUCUCCAACCUCAAAAAAUCUAAUGGAGCACUUGCCAAAGCUCGUCAUUUUGUUCCAAAAUGUGUUCUUCGUCAAAUUUAUUUUGCUAUUUUCUACUCCCAAAUACAAUAUUGCUCCUUGGUAUGGGGCCAAAAAUCUUCUCUUACCCGUCGAAUAGAAAUUUUACAAAACCAUGCUAUCCGUAUCAUCUCUUUUAGUACUUUCAAUGCUUCUCCUACCCCACUAUACGGGAACCUUAACUUAAUUAAAUUCUCUGACAUGAUCUGUAUACAUAAUAUAAUUUUCCUACUGAACCUUUAUUAUAAAACUCUUCCUAUUAGCCUCAUCAAUACUUUCGCAAUCGACUUCGCCCAUUCCCACCACACCCGUGCUGCUGACAAAGGCUUUUUGAAUCUACCUCUUGUUCAUUCAACUGCGUUUGUCACUUUAUUAACACAUAUAAAAUCUAAUUACAAUUUUAUUUUAUUUCACCCAGUCCAAAUUCCUUUUUCCUGCUUGAAGGUAGCCGAUCGCGAAACUAUCAUGAUGAUCAUGUUCAUCGCGAUGUAUCAUCCACGACAGAUAACUUCUAUUAUAGCACAUAUGAAAAGAAGGAAAAAAGCAGGAAAAGCAGCUGGUCCUUCGGGAGUUGUCGUUAUAAUGGUACGUGCUGAUUAUAAUGAGUGGAACGAAUCUUACAUCAUCAAUUUGUACAAAGGUGAAGGGGAUGCCCUUGAUAGAGGGAAUUUUAGAGGUCUUAAGCUUACAGAUUAG